UCAAUAGAGUAUAAACCAUUAAUAUAUGUAUUUUUAUUUGUUAAAAUAUACAAUAAAUAUAAAUGUUAUUUGUCAAAAAGUAAAUUAUAUCUAUUGUUUAGCUAUUAUACUUUCCAAUGGAAUAAUAUCAACUUAUAGAUUUUUACUCAUUACGGAAGAAUUACUGGAGUGUAUAUAUGCAUAUAGACAUAUAUGUGUAACUAACCUUUCUACACAAUUAAAAAAUUACAAUAAAGGAACAGUUAUCGGUGAUAUAGAUCAUGUAUUUUCAAGCCUGCCUAUAUGGACUGGAUAUAUUUUCCAAUAUAUAUCUAACAUAUAUUUUCCGAUGUUACUAAAUAUAAGUCAACGUGAAGCGUAUACUUAUGUUUCCAAUUGCGAAUACUAUACAUAUAUAUUCAAGGAUACCGUCUCAGAAACGUGUACGCAUUUUUACUAUUCGAAUACGUAA